AUGUCGAACUUCCACUUUGCCCUUCGUUUUCUCCGGGCAUCUAAUACAAACUCAACGAGAAGUGAGGAAGCUAGAAGUGAUGAAAAUACUCAGUCAUCGAAUGCUCAACGACCAACAAGUAUGGAACCAGAAUGCGUAUCUCCUCUUACAGUCGCUUCUGAUAUUGCUGCAGGUGGAUCAGGUUUAUCGGAGACAGUGUCACCUCUGGGUGAAAAUGGUAACAAGCUAGAAGAACGUGUUGUCCCAGAAUCAUACAAUAUGACUGAAUCAAUUUCGUCACAUGGUGGUUAA